CUUUCUACUGUGCUUAUUGUGCUUAAAAAAUGGUUGAUAAAACAAGGGGAAGGAAGGAGGAGGUAGUGUCCAGAGAAUACACCAUCAACCUUCACAAGCGUCUCCAUGGCUGCACAUUCAAGAAGAAAGCUCCCAAGGCAAUAAAGGAGAUAAGGAAGUUUGCAGAAAAGGCCAUGGGUACCAAGGACGUGAGAGUUGAUGUCAAGCUAAACAAGCACAUCUGGAGCAGAGGGAUCCGAAGUGUCCCGAGAAGGAUUAGGGUUCGCAUUGCUCGUAAGAGAAAUGACGACGAAGAUGCAAAGGAAGAGCUUUACUCUCUAGUAACUGUUGCUGAAAUCCCAGCUGAAGGACUCAAAGGUUUGGGUACCAAGGUCAUCGAUGAUGAUGAAUGAGUGAUCCCUGAUCU